GACAUUUAUGUUUUUUCAGAUGACAGCAUGAAAGGUGCCACUCUCUGCUAACUACAUAGAUCAGCAGUAUGUUUCGCUACAGUAAGAGAGGAAGCCACUAUAGGAAGUUCCCCGUGAAGGAUGAACAAGAACGGAAGUGUGAUCGAAAGCCGAUCAGACGAAAAACGCCAAACGGCGAAGGAUGACCUAUUUCCAUAUGGUUUCGCUAUGCAGCACGACAAUAUAACCCGUGUGACCCAGGUCGAAGAUCUAUCUGCCAAUCCAGAUGCUUCUAUCAACUGCCAAUCUUGGGGUGCUAAUCUGUCAGCUCAAACUACUAAAGAACCAACAUCGCUGAAAACUGCGCCGCAAUGGAUGACUUCUGGUGAGCUCGAUUCGGUAGCAUCAAGUGUAUCGGAUCAGCAUCCGGGAAAGAUUGGCCUCAAAAAGAUGCGCAACAACAUCAACACAACGGGUCUACGAAAACGAUGUUCGAUGGCGGCUUGAUCCGACGCAUUAAAGACGAUAAAAUUAAAUAAAUAAAAUAAGGUUAUAGAACGAAAGCAAUAAAAAAAAUAUGAAUUUUUAGAAUUUUGUUUU